AGAUAUCACAAGGGGUAUACUAGUUUUGAGGAGAAACCUCGGGAUUGGUUAGAAUGAGGAAGCUGUAAUUUGUAUAAAAGAAGACUACUGUAUAAUAAUCAUAGUAAACGUUUUCUGCUAGAUAUUGUGAAACAAUCAGAUAAACCAUACGCCAUUCACAUACAUUUGUACCACCCCAUUCCAACUUGGCAUAAUGGCUUCAAGCGACGUCGAUUUGAUGGAGGCUACCGUAAAGCACCUUACAUCUGUCAAAAAAGAAAGAACAAGAUUUUAUGGCGCAGUAUUCCUACCUGAGGGACAACUUCUUGUUUCUGAUAAGGCAAAUUGUCGUCUGCUUCUGUUUGAAGAUGACUUCUUUUACAUCCAAGAAUUCAAACUCCCUGAUGCGCCAUAUGACAUCGCAAUUGGAUCAAAUCAAAAGAUAUAUGUCCUGAUGUUCAAAAACAAACUUUUAAAAUGUGAAAUUGAUGGUGAUGACUUCAACAUUCUUGAAACAUAUGAUGUCGCUAAUGGAACCGUUUCAAUCCAAACCUACAAUGACCAGCUUGUCACGUGUUGCAGUGAAGCCGUAAAGAUCCUGGACCUAGAUGGAAAAGAAGUGCAAUCAUUUAAGAAAUCUAAUUGUAAAUCAGAGUUGGUGGUGUCAACCAAACAGAAGAGGUUUUACCUAAUAACUGACCAUGGUGAAGUUAGUGGGCGGAAACUCUCCGAUGGAAACGAAGUGUUUAAUUUCGCAAAUCCCGCUUUGACCAGCAUAUCUUCUAUUGCUCUAGAUCGCAACGACAACGUAUAUGCAACAAGCUACGAUUCAAAAAAGCUUUUUCAAAUUUCGAAAAAUCGUCGAAAACACAGAGUUCUUCUUGAGAAAUUUGAGAAAGUUAAUAAGCCGGACACAAUAGUAUUCCAUCCUUCCAAGGACAUGUUUAUAAUUUUUGCUUCCGAGGACUUUGAUGUUUAUCAGUUUUGAAUGUUUUUACAAUGUUUUUUGAAUGUCUUUAUUCAUAUGAUUGCUAUGCAAUUAUUUAUACCUUCUCUGACUGAGAGUUCAAAUAGUCUUUAAUUAAUAUUAAAUAACUCUAUCAAAAAUGUAUACAAA